CCGCAGUAUCGGAACCAUAAUAACAUAACCUUAUUUCCUUUUUUUGUUAUUCCACUUCGCCGCAGCCACGCCAAACCUGCAUCUUCAAGACCUACACCAACUCCAACCAAUCCUUCACUCCGCCGACCGAAAUUAUAACGAUGGAGCGAGGACCGCCAAGAGUGAAAAACAAGGCCGCGGCGCCGCUGCAGAUCAGCGCAGAGCAGAUCCUGCAGGAAGCCUACGAAACGAGAGACGAGUCAUUGCAAAUUCCCAAGCAGCGUAUUGCGGAUCUCGAAGAGUUGCACGAGUUCCAAGGACGAAAGCGGAAAGAAUACGAGGAUGCGCUUCGACGUAAUCGGCUCAAUAUCAAUCAAUGGAUCCGCUACGCAAGAUGGGAGUUGGAACAGAAAGAAUACGCGCGCGCUCGCUCGAUCUUUGAACGUGCGCUGGAAAUCGAUCCCACGAACGUGCCGCUAUGGCUACGAUACAUCGAGUCCGAGAUUAAAGAGCGCAACAUCAACCACGCCCGGAAUCUCUUUGAUCGCGCGGUGACUUUGCUCCCUCGUAUCGACAAGCUGUGGUAUAAAUAUGUGUCGAUGGAAGAGGCGCUCACGAACGUCGUCGGCACACGACAGGUGUUUGAGCGGUGGAUGGAGUGGGAGCCGGAACCGCAGGCUUGGAUGAGCUAUAUUAAUAUGGAAAAGCGGUACGGCGAGAUCGAGCGCGCGCGCUCUGUCUUUGAGCGAUUCACUAUCGUCCAUCCGCAGUCAGAGAACUGGAUCAAAUGGGCUCGGUUUGAAGACGAAUACGGCACUCCAGAGAACGUGAGGGAGGUUUAUGCUACUGCUGUCGACACGCUUCGCGCUGCUGGUGAUGAGUUUGUGGAUGAGAAGCUGCUUGGCAGUUGGGCGAAAUGGGAGACGAGGAAUAAGAAUUUUGAAAAGGCACGAGAGCUGUACAAGCUCGGUCUUGAUACUCUUAGUCGCGCGAAGAGUAUGAAGCUUUAUGACGAAUACAGUGCGUUUGAGAAGCAGUAUGGUGAACGGGAAGGGAUCGAGGAUGUUGUUUUCAAGAAACGGAGGGUGAAAUACGAAGAGCAGUUGAAGGAGAACCCGAGAGAUUACGAUACCUGGUUUGCGUACCUGAGUAUGGCGGAGGAGUCUCUGAAAAACACAGACGAAAUUCGAGAUUUGUACGAGCGGUCGAUCGCAAACGUACCUCCAACACAAGAGAAACGACACUGGCGGCGCUACAUCUUCCUGUGGAUCAGAUACGCCGUAUUCGAGGAGCUGACGACGAAAGAUUUCGAGCAGACGCGGGAAAUCUACAGAGCGUGCUUGAAUCUCAUUCCGCACAAGAAAUUCACAUUCGCAAAGAUAUGGUACAUGUACGCCUGUUUCGAGAUCCGACGAAACAACCUUGCCGUUGCGCGCAAGCAGCUUGGAAUGGCGCUCGGUAUGUGCCCGAAGCCGAAACUGUUCAAGAACUACAUUGAGCUGGAGAUGAAACUGCGAGAGUUUGACCGGUGCCGGAAGCUGUACGAAAAGUUUCUGCAAGUCUUUCCAAAAUACUCGCAGGCCUGGCUGGAUUAUGCAGAGUUGGAGCAGACGUUGGGUGAUGAGGACAGAGCGCGUGCGAUUCUAGAGCUGGCAAUGUCUAUUCCCGGGGUUAAUCUCGACCAGGGCAACGAUGAAGGUGAAGAGGAAGAAGAGGAGGCAGAGGAGGAAG